AUGUCGAACCGCCAGCUCGCCCGCGACAUGCAAGUCGAGUUCCAGGCCCGCUUCCAGGCCAAGCAGGCCCGUCGCGAGGCACAAAAGGCCGCUAAGCAGGAUCCCAUCCUCAAGAAGCAGAUCCAGGAGCUGCUCAAGAAGGGAGAGACCCAGAAGGCCUACCAAAAGGCCAAGAUUCUCCUCUCCAAGCAGGCCCUCGCCCAGCAGAUGGAUUCGGUCGCCGACAUGGCCGAGCUCCAGUCGUCGCAGAUCCAAGCCAACAAUGCGAUGAAUCGCAUGACGCACAUGAUGGGCCAGUCAUCGCGGGUUAUGAACGUCGCCCAGAAGAACUCGAACCCCGAGAAGACCCUCGUGACGCUCGAGCAAUUCAAGCAGCAAAACGAGGAAUACGCCAUGUCCAACAGCAUAUACCAGGACGCCAUGACGCAGUCAACGUCCGCACAGGUCCCUGAGGAUGCCGUGCAUGAGCUGCUCGGCAAGCUCGCCGACGAUGCGGGUCUUGAGCUCAGCAAGGAACUCAACCAGGCUACUCCCUCCAACGCCGAGCCUGCCCAAGCCAACGAGCCAUCGGCCGAGGAGGAGGACAGGCUCCAGCAGAGACUGCGUGCCCUGCGUGCGUAA